GGGAGCAGCGCGGAGGGAGCGGUGCAAGCAGCGGGAGCCCCCGGCCCGGCGGCGCGCUGGCUGCGGAUGGAGGGCAGCCGCGCUUCUCCCCGCUACGGAUCCAUGGAAUCCACCCGCUGGCCGCCGGCCGGCGCGGGGCCAGAGGACGAGAUCGUGUCCAUGGCCGACUCCACCACCACCAUGGAUGACAUAGAGGGGGAGCUCUUCAGGAUCGAGCGGAUCCGGGAGAUCCUGGUGCGCCGGGAGUCGGAGCUGCGCUACAUGAUGGACGACAUCCAGCUCUGCCAGGAGAUCAGCCGGCUGAAAACAGAGCUCCAGAAACUGCUGGACCUGCCAGAGAACCAGAAAUCCAACGAGGAGAAGCAGAGGGAAGAGGAGCUGGUGCAGCAGAUCCACAAGCUGGUGGAGACGCGGGAUUUCCUGGUGGAUGACGUGGAGUUUGAGAGGCUCAGGGAAAGGGAAGAGGACAAGGAAAUGGCCGAGUUCCUGCACAGCAAGCUCUCCAAAAGCUGCCUCCAGAGAGCGACUCCUGUCCCAGAGAAGAAGAUGACAUCAAGGGGACAGCAAACCUCGGCUCCCUACGUGACCAAGACGGGGCUGGCCCUGCUCAGGGGGUGCUGUGGCUUCACCUGCUCCAUCAUGUAGGGCACUGCCAGCGCCUGGCACAGGACACGGCCGUGGUAGGGGCACGUCCUGGGGACACGGGACGGGCAGGAGGGGCUUCCUUGGAGCUGAUCCUGUCCUGGAGCUGAUCCUGUCCUGGAGCUGAUCCUGUCCUGGGGCUGAUCCCAUCCUGGAGCUGAUCCCGUCCUGGAGCUGAUCCCAGCCUGGAGCUGAUCCUGCCCUGGAGCUGAUCCUGUCUUGGAGCUGAUCCUGUCCUGGAGCUGAUCCUGCCCUGGGGCUGAUCCCAGCCUGGAGCUGAUCCCAGCCUGGAGCUGAUCCCAUCCUGGAGCUGAUCCUGUCUUGGAGCUGAUCCUGCCCUGGAGCUGAUCCCAUCCUGGAGCUGAUCCUGCCCUGGAGCUGAUCCUGUCCUGGGGCUGAUCCCAGCCUUGAGCCAAUCCCAUCCUGGGCUGCUCCAGAGACUCUCCACGGCUGCUGUGCUUGGCCCACAGGGAUUUGCUUUGUUCCACACACACCAAAGGCUCCAGUCUGUCCUGCCCUCCCAGGCCUCAUUGGGACAGUGAGUGACCCAGCCAGAGAGUUUGGUUGGGCUGAGGGCAGCCAGAGGCCAGGAGAGCCCUGGGUUCCAAACCUGCCCCUCUGGAGGCAGCCUGGGAUGGAGGCAGUGCUGGAGGAUGGGCAGGUCUGUCUGUGUGUCCCCUGAGGAUGGGCAGGCUGUGUCUGUAUGUCCCCUGAGGAUGGGCAGGCUGUGU